AUGGCCGCCCAGGGAUGUACGUUGUCCCUGUGGCUGUGGCUGUGGCUGUGGGCGCCCCUGCUGCUACCGCUGCUGCGGGGGGCGCGAGCUGCCGCAGCUCGAUGGAGUGGGCCAGGCACCACGCCGCAUCUGCAAAGCAUCUUCCUGGGCCGCUGCGCUGAGUACACGACUCUGCUGAGCCUUCAGCCCGGGAACAAAAACUGCACAGCCAUCUGGGAAGCCUUCAAGGUGGUUCUAGACAAGGACCCCUGCUCUGUUCUUCCCUCAGACUAUGACCUCUUCAUUAACCUCUCCAGGCACUCCAUUCCUAGAGACAAGUCGCUGUUCUGGGAGAAUAACCACCUACUCGUUAUGAGCUUCUCAGAAAACACCCGUCGCCUUAUGCCCCUAUGUGAUGUUCUGUAUGGCAACGUUGGAGAUUUCCUGAGUUGGUGCCGACAGGAAAAUGCCUCUGGACUUGAUUACCAGUCCUGCCCCACAUCAGAAGACUGUGAAAACAAUGCUGUGGACUCCUAUUGGAAAAGUGCAUCCAUGCAGUAUUCAAGAGACAGUUCUGGGGUGAUCAAUGUCAUGCUGAAUGGUUCAGAGCCCAAAGGAGCCUAUCCUGUGAAAGGGUUUUUUGCAGAUUUUGAAAUCCCAUACUUACAAAAGGAUAAAAUCACAAGAAUUGAGAUCUGGGUAAUGCAUGAAGUUGGGGGACCCAUUGUGGAAUCCUGUGGUGAAGGCAGUGUGAAAAUCCUGGAAGACAGACUGGAGGCCCUGGGGUUCCAGCACAGUUGUAUCAAUGACUACCGACCAGUGAAGUUCUUAAUGUGUGUGGACCACAGCACUCACCCGGACUGUGUCAUGAACUCAGCUUCAGCAUCUACGCAGAGAGAAAGCCCAUCUCUUUUUACAGCAGUGCAUGCCAGCCUGAUCAUCUCUCUCUUAGUAGCAUUGACUUCAAGUUCUCAAGUGUGACUAGAAAAUCACCACGUUGUUCUAAGAGAACCCAGUCUUGCAUCUACCCUUGGACAGUCCACCAUGUUCUGUGUAGGCUAAGGGUGCCCAUUGUCUAAAGACCCUUCCUUCUAGGAAAACAGCAUAACCUGAUGGCAAUCCUAUUAUACUCUAACUAGUCUUGCUUGCCAGGCAGA